CCCGGCUUUCGUAACCGAACCCUGGGACGGCACAGAGGCUCUCCCGCGAGUUCCUCAAAUGUCUUUCUGCGCUGUUUCUAGGACGGUCCGCUGCUCUGAGUCAUGUGCAAGUGGGAAGUCGCCCUGACACCGAGUCGGGUCAGAGGCAGCCGGGCCGAGGGCGGCGCGGAGCCCAGGCCCUCUCAGUGCGUGCUCGGAGCCGAGCCCGUGCGGCUGGCGGCCGCCUUUGGCGUCCGACCCCACCGCCGCGCGCCUGCCCCGCAGUGCUCGGCGACGCGAGUGACUGUUGGGAGGAAGAUGCUGGCCGCCGGCUGUGUGCUGCUGGUCGCCCUGCUCGCCGUGCCGGGGGAGGCGCAGGCUUGCUCCGCUCCGGACCUACCAACAGAUGUGAUGACCAGCCUGCCAGGGGCCAGUGUCUCCUUGCCCUGCCCUGCGAAGGACCUGAGAGACAAUGCCACCGUCCACUGGGUGGUCACCAGUGCACACCAAAGAUGGGCCAGUGUGGGACGGAGGCUGCUGCUGAGCUCAGUGCAGUUCAAUGAUUCUGGCAACUACUCGUGCUAUGUGAACGGGCACCUGGCUGGGACGGUGCGUCUGCUGGUGGAAGCUCCCCCGGAGGCGCCGAAGCUCUUCUGCUGGCGGAAGAAUCCUUUGGACAGUGUUGUCUGUGAGUGGAGCCCUCAGAGCCCCCCAUCCCUGAUGACCCAGGCGGUGCUGUGUGUGAAGAAGGUCCAGAAUGGCCGUGUGAAAGAAUUCCAGAAGCCGUGCCUGUAUUCUCCAGAGUCCCAGAAGUUCUUUUGCCAGUUGCCCAUUCCGGAGGGAGACACGUGUAUCUAUGUAGUGGUUGUGUGCGUGGUCAACAGUGCGGGAAGCAGUCUCAGUAGCAAGGUGACGCUGCGGGCCAAUAAGAUCUUGAAGCCCGACCCACCUGCCAACAUCCGGGUCACUGCUGUGGCUGGACACCCCAGUUGGCUCAAAGUCACCUGGAAGGACCCCCCUUCCUGGAAAUCAAACUUCUACAGGUUGCAUUUUGACCUCCGAUACCGCGCUGAGCAGGCAGAGACCUUCUCAACCUGGCUGAUCGAAGACUCACAGUACCAGCGCAUCAUCACGGAUGCCUGGCGUGGCCACAGGCAUGUGGUGCAGCUACGAGCCCGGGAGGAGUUCGGGAUCGGCUCCUGGAGUGAGUGGAGCCCCGAGGCCAGAGGAACCCCCUGGUCAGAACCCAGGACUUCCCCCACUGCGCCCCAUAUCACUGAGGCACCAACGACUGACGAAGAGGACGAUAGUCACUAUGUCUCUGCGAUAGCAACAAGCCUCCCAGUGCAACAUUCUUCUUCGGUGGCAGCACUGCCUGCAUUCCUGGUGGCUGGAGGAAGCCUGACAUUCGGAUUUCUCCUCUGCGUUGGCCUUAUCCUGAGGUUCAAGAGGACGUGGAAGUCACGCACUCUCCAGGAGUGCAAGCCGAGCAUGCACCCACCGUAUCCCCUGGGGCAGCCCAGGCCCACCAUCGUGCUUGUGCCUCUACUCUCCCCUCCAGUGUCCCCCAACAGCCUGGGGUCGGACAACGCCUUGAGUCAAAGCCAGCCAGAUACCAAAGACCAGCGAAGUUCUUACGACGUCAGCAACAAAGACUACUUCUCCAGAUAGCUGUCUGGGUGGCACCUGGCAUCUGGGUAUCAGACACUGGAUGGCUGGUGCGGAAGAAGACUCAUCUCACUGCCAUCCCACAUUUCUCAGGGGCGGGGCCUGUGGCUUCUCUGUUGCACACCGGCCCCCGAGGGGACACUUUGACACUGGAGAAGCCAGUGCACUGCUUCCUCCAUCCAGAAGGAAGAGGUGGUUGAAUUCUCAAAUCUCCCUUCCCAAAUGCUCUGCUUACAAGGGGCUAAAAGAAACUCAGGCCAACAGAGAGCCGAGGAGAGACACUGGCUGAGGGGUUGGUGGUCACCCACACCCGACUCGGACCCCCAGCUACACCCAGGCAGGCGAGCUCCUCGGGCUUCUUCUAGCUCAAGCUUUGGACACCCAAGUGCCUUUGCCGUUCUGUUUUUUUUUUUCUAGGCCUGUGAGGGCUUCUUGUUAAACCACGCCAGCUGGAGGAGGAAACCCUUUCCUGCCUUUCUUCCCACACUUGAAUGAGCGCCUAGCUGAGAAGGCAGGUUGUGGUGAAUAAUAUCUCAGGGCCUGAUGGUGUAAGUGGAACUUAAUUAGUUCUUCAUGAACUGUGCUUAAUGUGAAGGAUACAUAAUCUAGGCAUCUGACGACUCCAGAGUGCUGCACUGGCUCCUGGCUUGCUCACCUCAGGGUUUUGGGAGGAGAGAAGCCGAGAGGGAGAGGGGGGUGGAGACAGGGUCCCCGUGGUCCCUGUCACGGUGGAGGGGACCGGAGCUCUGCAACCCACACUCUCUGCCCCUGGGCGCUAAGGAGGGCCAGACAGCUGGGGAUGUGCUGCCAGGGCUGAGAGCAGAGUGUUUCCAUGAACUUGGUCAACUCCAGGUUCCAUCUGGACUGAGUAACUAGAAAUGAGCUUGUUCAUAUGAAAAAAAAAAAAAAAAAAGGAACCUAGCAAGAAUGCUUUUUUUUUUUUUUUUUUUAAAGAAUGUAGUUUAAUUUUUUAAAAAUGCUAUUUUCUCUUGAGAUGUGGGAAGAGCCAGUAUUCUCUGGGUGUCAGUAUAUAAAUAGCUUGGGGUUGAGGGGAAGCACGGUAACUGUUUGUCACAAAACCAUGUCAAGUGAAAAGGGAGGAGGAGGAGGAGGAAAAAUAUUUUUCUCUACUAGCGACAAGAUUCUGGUUUCAUUCUGUAUUUUGUUUUUGCCUUACUGAGUGCCAAAGUCAGGUUGGUGCUCCGGGUUUUGGGGGAAAGAUGGCUAUGGCUGCUUUUCUGGGCGAGUGUGAAGGAGUGGGUGACGCCUUCCGGGCCUCGAGCCUCCUACUGUUACUGGGCACAGUCGUGAAAUUCCCCGCCCUUGAAGGCACACCCUGUUAUCGGGAAAUUCACUGAAGAAAACCCCUUACAUUGGUGCCUUCUCCCUUUUGCUUCGUUCCUUGUGCUGAAGUCAUUCAGGCUGGGACAUUAGUGCUCAUGAAGGAUGGGGCUGCAGUGCCGAGUAGCACCUCAGCUGACAUCUGUCCAGGCUCAGGAUGUCAGCGGUGACCCAGACAGGUGCCCACACAGCACACAGCAGAACUGUGAUUAAAAUGAAUUUUGCAACCACAGACCCCAGAGUUACCAAACCACAAGGCUUUUCUAGUAGUUUACCCUUCUAGAAAGACACCGCUGCCACUGAACAGGUGGCCAAGGAUGAAAGCCACUGUGUUGUGUGCGCUGCUUGCCACAUUCAAGUUGUUGCUAUCUUAGUAGUGAUUUUUGUCAGCAGCUUUGACUGUACAGCUCAGGCCCUGCGGCUCAUUUAGGUGCCAUUUACUGUGGACAAAAGUUAAGCGAGUGUUCAUGGCCUCUCCCCCUCCUCCUGCAAAGUUUCUGAGACUCUUUAAACUGCUGUGAAAGGGAAAUAUUAGAAAGGAGGACCUUCAUGAGAAAAGGUGAUUCUGUGCCCACAGUUCUUUAAUUCUUGUGCACGGUUUUACUCACGCAUAACAUUACUAAAGCCCGGCAGAACCAUGCUGGAGGAAGAUUUAAAUCUAGAUAGCUCAUUAUCUUAGGAGCUAGGCAGCUUUGAUCUCCAAACUGUUAUUACUUUCAUUAUUACUGUAACGGAACUGUCUUCUUUUUUUUUUUUUUUUUUUUUUUUUUUUUGUAUUGAAGAGGGUUUUUUCCCCCCUUUAUUUUUAUAAGCUAGUGUCUGUGAAGGGAGUCUUUGUCUUCUCUGAGCCCAGGUCUGCGUAGGCCCUAAGCUUUCUUGGGCUGCAGUCUGGUAGCUGUGCUGUGCUUAAUCCCCGGGGCCCCUGGUCAUUCCUUCCUGGGUUUCUGCAGCCCGCAUGCACCUGAAACCUGCAGCCAUUGGCCAUGCAGCCAGAUGGGACAUGUUAGGACAGAGAUAAAUUUAGAUGAGGCACCAAUCCAUCCCGUGGGGUGGGAGAAGUCAGCGAUAACGCUGGAUUGAGGUCUGUACCAAAUAAUUCUGGUAGCAUUAAUGAAAUAUUUUAGGGACAUUUCAAGGGUGUAGCUGUGGCUGUGCCUACUUGUUCUGCAUGAGUCACAGCGCAGAACCGUUGUGGUUUGUUUGCUGGGCUCUGAGCUCACGCUGAGUCUCCACCGUUUCUCUGCCAUCUUGGUCACCUAGGCAAGGUGUAGACUCUGCUCAGGAACCGAACUGGAGUGAGGUGGUGGUGGGCAAGGUAAGCUGGGGCAGGCCGGGACCAGCCGUGGCUUGUGGCUCCGCUGAAGACUGCUCAGGAAUGUCUCACCCACCUGCUGUGGUGCUGAGCUGGAGUGUCUCAUGUAGAGCCUGAGGCUGACCCAGUUCAGGAGGAGAUUCACUGGGUUGGCGAGAAAUCUGUCUUGCUGUGGGGAGGCGGAAGCCACCCAUGAGCCUCUCGUGCUCCGCUGUGGGCAGUGCUAGAGGGGGCAGGCCAGUGGCUCAGGUCCUGUGCCAGGUGCUCCUGAAUGGCCCCAAAAGGUCUUUCUGGCUUUGAGUCCCCAGUAUGGCCAGGCACCAACAAUAGGACGUUUCUAUGGCAACCUUAAUGAUUAUUAAGGAGCGUUGUCAGUUUUGUGAACAUAUGCUCAGACCCAGAUCCGCUUUGGAAGGAAAGGAUGGGGACAGCAGGUAGCAAGGCUGUUACUUAUCAGAGAGACCUUACUGGAUAGAGAACACAUCUAUUAAAUACAAUACCUCAACUCUACAUUGUUUUUUGGAGAGAAAUAAUAGUUUUAAGGGAUUUUCCCUGCUUGUGUGAAAGAAAAUACUGAUGUCUAUAUAGUCAGUAUGAUUUGUAUUUUUUUAAAUGCUUUUUUCUUUUUUUUUUUACCUGCUAUUUUGCAUUUUAAAUGAGAAUUGUAAACAUUUGAAAUAAACCAUUUCUAAGAAUGCA